UACUUCACGCACCUGCGGACGUACCAUAAAAUCGGAGCCAACCGCAAAAUCCGCCAAAACUAUACGAUAAUGGCGCAUUCCAAGUUGCAUGUCUUGGGUGGCCUCCUGCUGCUCCUGGUUUUCGGUGCUUCUGCCACGCCCACCCCGGAUGAAGUAAAUAAGCCAAUUGUGGUGCAGACCCAGCUCCAGAACUACGAUCAGCCCACGCUCAGAGACUACGAGGAGUGCCAGGAGAACAGGGACAAGUGCUUGGACGUAUGUGCCGAAGAUAGCAAGUGCGAGAGCGAAUGCCCUGUGUGCCCGGAGCUGUUCUCCAAGCCAGUGAUGGUCCAGGGUGUCAACGAUACGGACCUGAGAGCCGAGCCCCAAGUGCCGGUAAACACCACAAACAUCAUCAAACUUACCAACGAGAUUCGGAACAUCAUCAAGCACGAAAUCCAGCAGCGAAACGAAGUAAACGUCCAGGUGCAGCAGAAUGUUUCCCAGGUGGGCGGACGAUUCGGUCUGGGCUACAGCGACCUGGGAUCCUGCUGCUAUGUGGUGCUGAUGGACCGAAAAUGCGACAAGAAUGCUGGGGAUGACUGCAGGGAAAAGAGCCGGCAAAGGGUUUGCGGCGAAAGGUGUCAGGCCCGCGUCAUGUUGGCCAAAAGAGUGGUCCAAUGCGAUGCCGAGGAUCCUCUGAACUGCCGCGAAACCAUUGAGUACGUCCCCCGGCGGAGGAGAGUGCACGCAAAGACAUCCCUCCCCUCAGAACCCUGUCGCUACUUUGGCAACUCCUGGCCCUAUUUCUCCUGCGGCCAAAACCAAGGUGAAGGAACGGGAAUGAUGCCCAACCAAAGACCCAAACGAUCCGUUUGUCAGGAGUGUCUCAACCUCCCGUACGGGUACAUCCUGCAAAGUGGCUUACCACCUCAGUGUGGAGGCUGUUUCCAGGGUUUCGGGUCACCCUAUAUGUACAACCCGUAUGGAUUCAACCCGUUUAUGCCUUUCCCUUCUUAUGGAGGCUUCCCCCCGAACAAUAACCCGAAUAAUGACUUAAGCAAUACAGGAAAUACUAUUGGAAACGAGAUUGGUGACAAGAAUGUGGAAGGAUCGGGAGACUACAUACUAUGCGAAGAUGAUGACGUAGAGAAAUGCCUGAAGGAAAAUGGCAAACAAGGAGCACCAUCUCACCAAGAGCAACCACCAGGAUUCAUUGACGAUGUAGAUGAUCCAGAGUACGGAGUGGAGACCCAGCGCAGGAGAAGGCGGCACAAUAACCGGGUUUUUGUAAGAUCCGCCUACAGCAAACGUAAUCGGAAGAACGCGUAAUCUCUUCCAGAAACAACGUGGACUUCCUUGGAUUUAAAUAUUUUCAGUUCAACUUUUGGUUUUUGUGUCCUGAUCUGAUUAAGUUUAAACUAUUAUCUUCUUUAACUUUAGGUUAUUUAACAAAAAAAAAGCUGCAACUACUGU